GUUUCAGCCAAGAAGAACUCCUAAAAAUAUGGAAAGGACUCUUCUACUGCAUGUGGGUGCAGGACGAACCCCUUCUGCAGGUAACACAGCCCCUUUGUCGUGUUCCUGGACCUUUGGCACGCUGGCUAAGAGAGACUUGAUGUUGACCCUCAGUCAGUGCCCUGGCAUACCUAAGCAGAUUGGGAAUGAGUGCCUCCAGGAGCCGGUUUCUCAGCUCGUCUGAACAGAAAGGGAUGCUGCACCAGCUUUUAGGUUAAUCAUCUUUCAAAUACAAUGGAUAUUCUAAGUCGUAGACUUCUGUCAUCAUUUCAUAGAUUCCAUGGAGGAGCUAGCGAACUCUAUUUCCCAACUCAUCCAUGUUGUUAACAGCUCAGAGGCUCAGCACCUGUUCAUUCAGACCUUCUGGCAAACCAUGAAUCGAGAAUGGAAGGGAAUAGACAAGCUGCGCCUGGACAAAUACUACAUGCUGAUUCGCCUGGUCCUGAGGCAGUCUUUUGAAGUUCUGAAACGGAAUGGCUGGGAGGAAAGCCGAAUCAAGCUCUUUUUGGAUGUUCUGAUGAAGGAGAUCCUUUGUCCUGAGAGCCAGUCUCCUGAUGGAGUGAGGUUCCACUUCAUCGAUAUUUAUUUGGACGAACUAUCCAAAGUGGGAGGAAAAGAGCUUUUGGCAGAUCAGAACCUCAAGUUUAUUGACCCAUUCUGCAAAAUUGCUGCCAAGACCAAGGACCACACACUGGUACAGACUAUAGCUAGGGGUGUUUUUGAAGUCAUUGUAGAUCAGUCUCCUCUUGUACCUGAAGACACAGUGGAGGAACAGAAAACCAAAGUGGGUGAUGGUGACCUCCCUGAAGAGGAGACUUUUGAAAACGAGGCAGCUUGGAAAAAAGUAGUUAGCAGAAAGAAGACAGCACUGAGCAAAUGCCCCUCCAGGAGAGAUGGAAUCAGUGAUAAAAGAGGAAGAAAGGACUGUGGUACCUUGGAGGACACGGGGCUACUUCUCCAGUUUGACUAUAAGGCUGUUGCAGACCGACUCUUGGAAAUAACCAACAAGAAAAACAUUCCUCCCUUCAACCGGAAACGUCUCUACAAACUCAUCAAAAAGUUCCAAGGCCUUUCUGAAGGUGGUAUAUCUCAACUCAGUUUUCCUGAGGACAUUGCUGCUGAUGAAGGUGAUCAAGYUCUCAGUCAAAGAAGACAUAAGAAAAAAAGACGUAAGCUCUUAGAGAAAGCUGACUUGGAGAAGGAAACAGGAAACAGAGUCUUUCUUGCUGAGGAAAAGGACAGUGAAGGCCGCAUUCAGAAAAGAAAAAGGAAAAAAAAGAAGAGGAGCCACCCCCAGUCUGAGACUCUGGACCUGAGGGACACAGCCUCACCCUCAGCACAGAGCAGGGGCAGGGAGCCUGAGCCUGCUCAGAGGCAGGUCCCCCAGGUGGGAGCGGCCGAGUCUAGCACCAGGGAGGAGAGCAGCUCGGAGCAUCCUGCCUCCGUCCCCACAGGUGGCAGGAGGAACCGGCUGAAGAGAAAGAGCCUGGGCGCACAGGGAGAGAUCCGGGACCCCACAGAGCUGCCUCUGGAGGACAAGGCCCAGAGUGGCCCUGGCAGCAGCCAUCCUCAUGGACCUGCUGCCAGAGGCUCCCCAACAGAUGGAACCCAAGUCCCGAAAAGGAAGAGGAAGCUUGGAGUGCACCCUGUCAAUGGCAGUGGCCAGACCACCUUGCCCCAGUGCAGGAGGCCACAAAAAAAGAAGGCAGAGCCCAGCAGCCUUGACCUCUAUAGUCUGUCCAGUCAGAAGACAAUUUUGAAAAAGAGGAAGAAGAUGAAAGAAAUGUCAAGCUUGAUAGAAUACAACGGAAUACUGGGAUCCAGAGUCAGACAGCUCCAAGCUCUGGGAAGCAGCAGGACUGUCGCCCCUUUGAAGAAGCAGCCACUGAGGACAGAAAAGGAUUUUGUGAAGUUUGACACCCACUUCUUACCAAAGCCCCUCUUCUUCAGAAAAGCCAAGAGCAGUGCUGCCCCUCGCCCUGCAGAGCAAGCYGUCCAGCUGGACAGAACAACCAGCAGUGCCAAGAAAGUCACCUUUGGGUUGAACAGAAAUACCACUGCAGAAUUCAAGAAGACGGACAAGAGUAUCCUGGUCAGCCCCACAGGCCUCUCCCGAGUGGCCUUCAACCCUGAGCAGAGGCCCCUCCAUGGAGUGCUGAAGACCCCCACCAGCUCUCCCCUGGAAACCAAGAAGCUGCUGGCUGCCACUCAAAAGAGAAGGCCAACGGCUGCGGACUUCUUCUGAGAACAGAGUCCCUUUUAAAGACUGCUUUUGUACAGAAUAUUCUAUAAAUUAUAUCUUUGAAAAUAUGGGCUUUUUUAUCAUUUUAUAAAUCCUGUUACGUCCCGAUCCUGGGAUGACCCGCAGCUUGCCCAGGGCUCACACGGCUGGGCCUCAGUUUACCAUUAGCUGCCUGCCUGUGUGCUUCAGCUCUCCAGAAUUCACUCUGCCCUCGGGGGCUGCCACCACAUAGGAASUAAGAUCGUGUGUCCCUCCCUUACCACACAUUCUGUUGGCACCUGUGGCCAGCCUCCAUUUCUCAGAACCUYGGUGCCCAUCACCGGCCACCAUGCCAUGUUGCUUUUUGGUUACUUUCAGUUUCAUGGUUUGUUUUCUUUUAAAAGCCUGUGGACUCCAUUCCCACGUCCUGUGGGCAUUUGACAGUUCUGAUGGGUAUGAUUCUCCAAAUCAGCAAUACCCAGUCUUUUCUACCUGUAAUCAGCAGAGGGGUGGACCAGCCAGGUUCCUCUGCUCUCUGAGCUGCUCACCCUGCCUGCUGCACGUCUUUCUACCUCUACAGCAAGCCCCAAGUGUCUUCAGGUCCUCAGCUCCCACCCAGAACCCCACCCACACUUGAACCCUCUGUGAAUGUCACACACACUGUUCCCAGGACCUGUGUGACCGAGAGCCCAAAGCCAGCUGCUACCCUAGGUUAACAGGCCCUCAGGCACAGGGGCAGCGUCUGGACCCUGAGCUUCUGCUGAGUGGGAAGCAGCCACCAGGAAGACCUGAGUACAUGCUUGCUGCCUGCUGCCUAGACAAGGCGCUCUGGCUUACCGUCCUCCUAAAGCUUUCCUGACAAGGUASUUCCAGUACCAGCACUGGAAGGCAUUCCAUUUUGUUGGAGAAGCUGAUCUUUUAGAGCCAGACUUGUUCUUAAGGAAGCCACCAUGGUCGAGAGACGGCCAUUGGGGAAUGACUGUCACGAGGCCAGGUUUUCACCAUGGUUUAUGCAGUUAUAGAUCCUAGAUGAAAACAGCCAGGAGACAUGGCYGGGCUGCCCUUCAUCCUGCUCUGCCCUCACCCUGGCCCUGCCCUCCUCCACUCUGGCUCCCUGACAGGACCCCUCUGGUUGCUUUAAUUGUCCUGCUGUGACUUAGUGCAGCUGAGAGGCCCCCUAGGGUUUGAAAACUGGUCUAAUUUGGGUUUCAUUUAUUCACAGAAGUAGGGUGGGGCUUCAUCUGCAAAUAGGGUAAGUUGAUGGCCUAAAGAGAAGGAAGCAGGGCUCCUUGGGUGUCUAUCCCUUUGUCCUGUGCCACCCACUGAGCCAGUGGGGCUGCUCAGGAGUCCCCUGGAUGUUGAGGCAGUCCUGGGACAGUGUGUGUGACAUUCACAGGUGUCCACUGCCAUGUCUAGAACAUCUGCUUCAUGUGCCUAGGCUUGGGAGGCUCUGCUCAGAAGAGUGGCUGCCACAGGCCCAUCGGGACAGUAAGGCUUUGUCGGGAUUGAGUCAUGGAAGAAGAGAAAGCUAACGUCUUGCAGUUAAGUAGCCAUGUGGUGAGACCCUCCCGCACAGCGUAAGGGGGUUGUGGCUGCAUGGUUUCAGGGUGCUCACUAAGGUCACAGUCAAAACCAAAACCAGCAUCGCAAACCAUGAGGUUUAAGGGAACAAAUGCUUUCAGUUUUUCGUUGUAAAAUGUUCACUAUUCUUGGCCAAAAUAUUUUUUAAUAGUUUUCAGCUUUAAAGAUAGGUCGUAUGGCCAAAGAUAUUGAGCUGCACCAGGGCAGUGGUGGUGCACAGGUUCUGGGGACUCGCCAGGCCUUUGGCAUGUCCACAGGCCUGCCUGUCCUGAGCGCAUUGCCAGAGUCAGACCCGAGGGGCUCUGCGCUUCUUGUGUCCUUUGUCCUGCAGGGGUCUGGCUGACUCCAUCAUGUGUGCUGGCCAAAUGGGCUUCCUGUGGUUUGUUUUAAUGCCUAUAUUUUGACAAGGAAGGACAAAACCUUUUUUUUUUUUUUUUAACUUUCAUGACCUAUACCACCCAGUAAGAAUAUGUUACAUAAAGAAUAUGUGUUUUCUAUUUGAUGCAUGUUAUUUUCCUGGUAAAAUUGCCAAGGAGUCUUGAAAGUCCAGGAAAGGAAAAUGKAAACGGAUGCUGGUGAUCAUAGCAGCAAUGUUUUGUAAAAUGAUCAUCUCGCCUCUCCUCCAUAGGUCUGGACAAUUUUGUACAAUUUGGUAUCAGACUUGACAGAUUUAYUAUUCUUUCUAACUUCUUAGACUAAAAGCACAAAAAUGAAUAUGAGGAAACCCUGGAAGCAAUCAUUAUUGUCGGGAUAACUAUGAAGUUGGGUCUGUCCUUUGAUUUUUGUAUGUGUUUUCUCUCAAUUACCUACCUGUGCUGGCAAGGAUGCUGUUUACGAUCCAGUUGUAUCCGUGUCUUCAAGGUUUGUCAGUACUCCUCAAAGCUGCAUUCCUAUUAAAAAAGGUGUCUUUGCCCUCAGAUUUGUAUUUGGUUUUUGACUGUGGCCACCAGG